UGUACCACCUCCUAGACAGGAAGUGCCACAUGUGAAGACCAGAGCAGGGGCAGGCAGGCUCUGAGCUGGGGCUUCUGAGGUGCCCAGGUCUGGGCACCUAUGCGACUCUGCAGGAUGUGGGGCAGAACACAGGGCUCCAUCAGAAGCAAAGAGCCGGGCAUCUUUCCAGAAAGCAGCUUUGUUUCCUCAGAAGAAGGGCAGCUCAGAUGUUUCUCCUUUUCGAGUGGUGACAUUUAAAUAGAGCAGGAAAACCCAAGAGGAAGAAGGAUUUACGGAUCUCCUGUGUGUCUAAGCCGCCCAUGCCCAACCCCACCCCCCCCCGGAACCUGGACUCGCGGACCUUCAUCACCAUUGGAGACAGGAACUUUGAGGUGGAGGCGGAUGACCUGGUGACCAUCUCGGAGCUGGGGCGUGGGGCCUACGGCGUGGUGGAGAAGGUGCGGCAUGCCCAGAGUGGCACCAUCAUGGCUGUUAAGCGGAUCCGGGCCACCGUGAACUCGCAGGAGCAGAAGCGCCUGCUGAUGGACUUGGACAUCAACAUGCGCACCGUCGACUGCUUCUACACCGUCACCUUCUACGGGGCCCUGUUCAGAGAGGGAGAUGUGUGGAUCUGCAUGGAGCUCAUGGACACGUCCCUGGACAAGUUCUACCGGAAGGUGCUUGACAAGAACAUGACAAUCCCGGAGGACAUCUUGGGGGAGAUUGCUGUGUCUGUCGUGAGGGCCCUGGAGCACCUGCACAGCAAGCUGUCCGUGAUUCACAGAGAUGUGAAGCCCUCCAAUGUCCUCAUCAACAAGGAGGGACACGUGAAGAUGUGUGACUUCGGGAUUAGCGGCCAGCUGGAGGAUUCCAUGGCCAAGACGAUGGACGCCGGCUGCAAGCCCUACAUGGCUCCGGAGAGAAUCAACCCAGAGCUGAACCAGAAGGGCUACAACGUGAAGUCGGAUGUCUGGAGCUUCGGCAUCACCAUGCCUGAGGAAGAAUCCCGCAGAGCGCAUGAGCUACCUGGAGCUGAUGGAGCAUCCCUUCUUCACCUUACACAAAACCAAGAGGACAGCCAUCGCUGCCUUUGUGAAGGAGAUCCUGGGGGAGGACGCGUAGACGGGCCGCCCGGCAGCCCGGAGCCUGCGGGGCAGUGCUCGCCCGCACCCAUAAGCUGCUGCCACGCCGGCCUUGGGCAUUCUGGGAGGACUCGAGGGGGCUGGUCCCAAGUGCCACAGAAGCAGACUGUCCGGGUGCCCUGCCGGGCCCACGGAGCCUCACCGGUGCCUCUGUCCUGCUGCUCCAAGGACCCUGGACUCGCAGGGACCGGGAUGCCCUGCCGCCACCACCCCUCACAGAGAAGGCAGCUGGACCUGUGCGCUGCCUGGGCCCAGCCCCGGACGCCACCGAGUUGUAUAUUUUUUUACUUCUUGACUGAGUGGACUUUGCGCACUUUGACCUAGGGGGGCCCCAUUUCUGUCCUGUCCUUGGUAGAGCAGGCAUGGGGGUGAGCCACAGGAAUCCCCCAGCUCUGGCAGACGCCUCUGCGGGCACCGGGUGGCCCGGCCGCCUCCUGUCUUGUCCACUAGGGGUGUCGUUACACUUGCCUUUUAAAAUCUGUCCUCGGUUUUUCGUUUUGUUUUGUUUUCUGUUUUUCUUGAUCUUUUUGCUUUGUGGGUUUGGCUGUUUGCUUGUUUGUUUGUUUUGCAUGGUUUUCUCCCCCCUCCUCCCCAGAGGCCCAGCAGGCGAAGUCUCGCCCUCUGCGCAAGUGGGGGUCCGGGAGGAUGGGCUCAAGGUCGCUGCUCGAGGUGGUCUCCGUGGGGACUGGCUUGACAGGCGAUGGAUUUGCUUUUAGUAGUCUACAUAUUUUUUUCUUUUUUGAAUAAAGGACUAUCUGUCCUGGAUCCUAUCCCUGAUGGGUUGGGGCAGUUACCUGAUUGCUGUUUUAAUAAUAAAAAAAAAAGUGGGUGAUCAGGCUGUGUGACUGUCGCA